AGCAGCCGAAUCAAACGCAAUGACAAUGGCAACUUGCUCUUCAGUGGCAUUCACAAAAGUAUUUCAAUUUGGUCGAAGUCCACACGUGUUGGGGCGAUUUCCAUUGACGUCGGCAUAUUUCAAACAUAUAACAUUUGGGGCUAUAAAUCAAAUACCCAUUGCUCAAAAGCGUUUAAUUUCGCAAUCAUUUAAGUACCUGCAAAUUUCUAAACAGAACGCAAAAGAACAUCACAACUGCAGCAAAAUGUCGGCAUAUACAAUAGUUGAAAAAGGAGCUCCUAACUCGACUAAUUACAGCAUCUAUUUAAAAAAUCAGGCUGGAACUAUUGUUUCUCCAUUGCACGACAUUCCUCUCUAUGCCGAUGAAAAGAAAACUGUUCUUAAUAUGGUAGUGGAAAUCCCCCGCUGGACAAACGCCAAAAUGGAGAUCAGCACAAAUACCCCUUUGAAUCCUAUUAAGCAGGAUGUUAAAAAGGGUAAAUUGCGCUUUGUAGCGAAUUGUUUCCCACAUAAAGGUUACAUUUGGAAUUAUGGCGCAUUCCCUCAAACAUGGGAAAACCCCGAACACAUCGAACCAUCUACUGGUUGCAAAGGUGAUAACGAUCCAAUCGAUGUAUUAGAAAUUGGUUACCGCGUUGCAAAACGUGGCGAAGUGUUACAAGUUAAAAUACUAGGUACAGUUGCAUUAAUCGAUGAAGGUGAAACUGAUUGGAAGAUAAUUACCAUUGAUGUUAAUGAUCCAUUGGCCGAAAAAAUGAAUGAUAUUGGUGAUGUCGAUAAAUAUUUUCCAGGCUUACUGCGUGCCACUGUAGAAUGGUUCAAGAUUUACAAAAUUCCAGAUGGUAAACCUGAAAAUAAAUUCGCUUUCAACGGUGAUGCUAAAUGCGCAGCUUUUGCUAUUAACAUUAUCGAAGAGACAAAUAAAUUUUGGAAGGGUUUGAUUACUAAGGACUUAGAAGGUGGCGAAAUUUCGAUAACUAAUACCACAAGCGCUGACACACCUGGUUUUAUUAAGCCUGAAGAAGCUGAACAAAUUUUCACCUCAGCACCAGACGGUGGUGAUUCCGAAGAGCUAUCUGAUACAGUCGAUAGAUGGCACUUCGUACACUUGAAGUAAUAUUAGAAAUUUGUAAGAAGGUAAAAUGCUGAUAUUUCAUUUAAUAAUAUAUUCUCAAUAUAAAAAAAAUGUAUGGAAAAAACGCAUGGUAACUAAUAAACUGAAGGAAAUAAAUU